AGCUUCCCCCUCCAGGAACUACGCGCUCGCUCACGAAGUAGCGGCUGCCGUCCGCUCCUCGAGCUGAAGCGAUUCGCGGCGCGUUUUCUUGGAGCUCCGUAGAGGCAGCUCCCCUCUCUCUCCUCUCUACCGUAAACGUGCCACUGGGCGACUAUGCGAGUGUCCGCGAGCGUUUAGGAAUGGCUGCAGACGUGAGCAAAGCGACGCCACCGGAGGGGAACGAGCGCAUCCAGCAUGCUUCUGCAAAAGACGCUGCCGGGGGACGCACGCGCCCACGGCUCGGUUGGGCUGCAUCGACUCUACUUCUGAUCCUCGCGGUUCCGUGUAUCGGCGUUGGCAUCAAAUACUACCGAGACACGCAGCUGUCCACCCGCCACGAGGUGGGGUUGAAGACGCUGGGACCGGAGGGACUGUUCCUGUUCUCAUCUCUGGAUGCUGAUCACGACCUGUUCCUCAGCCCUGAGGAGUUCAAACCCAUUGCAGAGAAGCUCACAGGUGUGGCCCCCCCUGAGUUUGAGGAAGAAUUCCUCCACGACCCAGACGGAGAGACGAUCACCCUGACCGCCGCCAUGCAGCCGUUGUUACUCCAGACCAUGACCAAAAGCAAAGAUGGCUUCCUGGGGGUAUCUCACCGAUCCCUGAGGGGGCUGCGAUCGUGGAAGAGUCCAGUGACUCCGUCCUCCACCUUCCCUGCCUCGCAUUUCAGGAUCUUUCUGCCCCCAAAGGGCAAAGGAGAGCUGGGGGAGGCGUGGUGGAUCAUACCAAGUGAGCUCAACAUCUUCACUGGCUACUUGCCCAACAAUCGCUACCACCCCCCCACCCCACGUGGAAAAGAGGUCCUGAUCCAUUCUCUGCUCAGCAUGUUCCACCCGCGGCCCUUCAUCAAGUCCCGCUUCGCCCCGCAGGGUGCCGUAGCCUGCGUGCGAGCCGUCAGCGACUUCUACUACGACAUCGUGUUCAGGAUACACGCUGAAUUCCAGCUGAAUGAAGUCCCGGAUUUCCCCUUCUGGUUCACACCUGGCCAGUUCACUGGUCACGUCAGCCUCUCCAAAGACGCCUCCCAUGUCCGGGCGUUCCAUCUCUAUGUCCCUAAUGACAGAUCUCUGAAUGUGGACAUGGAGUGGCUGUACGGUGCCAGUGAGAGUAGCAGCAUGGAGGUGGAUAUCGGCUACCUGCCACAGAUGGAGCUGCGUGCAGCCGGCCCGUCCACGCCCUCCGUCGUCUACGACGAGCAGGGCAACGUGAUUGACAGCCGGGCGGAGGGGGGAGAGCCCGUCCAGUUCGUGUUCGAGGAGAUCCGCUGGAGCUCCGAGAUCAGCCGGGAGGAGGCGGCCCGGCGCCUGGACGUCACGUUCUACCCCUUCAAAAAGGUCCCCUACCUGCCUUUUGAAGAGGCCUUCAGCAGAGCAGAAGCGGAGAAGAAACUAGUCCACUCCAUCGUCCUCUGGGGGGCACUAGACGAUCAGUCCUGCUGAGGUUCGGGGCGAACUCUCCGGGAGACAGUUCUGGAAAGUUCGCCCGUGCUGGCCUUGCUCAACCAGAGCUUCAUCAGCAGCUGGUCUCUAGUCAAGGAACUGGAGGAGCUAAAGGCUGAUAGGCAGAAUCUGGAUUUGAGUGAAAAGGCGCGUUUACACCUGGAGAAGUACAGCUUCCCCGUGGAGAUGAUUGUGGCGCUACCCAACGGGACAGUGGUCCACCACAUCAACGCAAAUAACUUCCUGGACCAGACGUCCAUGAGGCCUGAAGAAGAGGGGGCGACGUCCUUCAGCUUCACAGGGGGUUUUGAGGACCCCUCCACCUCCACAUACAUCCGCUUCCUUCAGCAGGGCCUGGAGAAGGUCAGAGCAUACCUGCCAUCAUAAGAGCACAGCUGACCCUGGUGUGUGUGUGUGUGUGAGAGAGAGAGAGAGAAUGAAAGAGAAACGUACGUGACAUGAGUCACCCCCCAAGUCUAACACGGAGCGUACCGGGGUCUGUACUCAGCCCGUCCCGUCACGGGGUCCGUGGUCGCUGUCGGACAUAGUGAGCAUCCAACUAAUGUCCGUCAUGUUACGCGUUACCAGAAACGCAGAUUAAGAAGAGGCUUUGCCCCCUACUGUAAACCCGGGCUUGGGGCUUACCCCGUUACCGUGGGCCCGUGUGCUGCGUCUGAAGGUCUGUCCCGAGGUGAAGCUGACCGACACCUGGCCUGGCGACAAGCGCACGGAGAAGCCCUCGCUAUUAUCAGAUCAUUCUCGUGUCUCUCUUCACACGUUCUCAUCGACUGCCUCUUUUUAUGUUUUUGUUCCUGUUAUUGUGGUUGCUGGUUUCUGUCGGAUGCCAGCGAUGUGUGUGUGUGUGUGUGUGUGUGUGUGUGAGAUAUUCACAGAAGGAUGUGUUGCUUAGUGAAGGAUUGCAGCAGGGUGUGUGUAACAGAGCCGAAGGGCCUGUGUCUUCCUGGAUGAGAGCAGUUUGUGAUGAGCUGGUCUGAAAGCUUACUGGGGCGGGACCAGGCCUGAUGUCACUGUUUGAAUCCAGGGAGGCGGCAUGCGCGUGGACUCUCGUGUGUGUGUGUGUGUGUGUGUGUGUGUCUGUACACAGCACAGAAUCCCAAACGCUGCGCUGCUAACAAGACUGCUGGAAGGCAUCUGUAUUGGCUCCACUACGAUCAAUAACGUGUAGCCACAUUCAGAAUGAAGUGUGUGUGGGAUGAUGGUGGAGGUCAGUUUAAAAGUAGCUUCUGUCUGGUCAGACGGGGGGACAGGUGUCCCUGGGGUUGGUAUGGGCUUUGAUUGAGUCACUUCUGUUUAAGCUCUUCCUGUGGCCUGGAUUGAUGUCCCUGUGUGAGUGCGUUUGCUCUUCAGAUGAAUUGCCACAUCUAUUAAAAUAAAAGUCCUUUUGUAAA